CGUAGCGGAGGGGAGAGAAAAAAAAACUUUCCGAACCGAGGGGCUGUGGGAGCGUCGUUCGCAUUUCUCAGCUUCUCGAGUCGGACAGACGGCAGUUCAGUGCCUGAGGCGUGAGGACCUCCGCGCCGGUACGGGAACCAUAUAAGGACCACGGCGAGCCAGACGUGGAGUCACCUGUAUCAUGAAGCUUAUUCCGACGCUGCCCGGACUUUUGCUGUUGCUGGUUGCGAGCAGCGUAGCGUUCAAGACCAAGAAGCUUCUGGCUCUGGCAGCGCUGAGUCAUGCCGGUUUGGGUGGCAUUGGAGGGCUCGGCCUUCUCGGGCUGGCCGGUCUGCAUCACCACCACGGACACUACGGCGGAUACCAAGGCGGACACUAUGGUCACGGGUAUGGCCACGGUUACGGCCAUGGUUACGGACACGGCUAUGGGUGGCCUUCCUAUGGAUACGGCUACGGAUACGGGUGGCCCUCGUACGGCGGCUACGGCGGUUACGGUGGCUAUGGUGGUUACGGAUGGUGGUGAAAACCGGUGCGUUUCAAGUCAGUGCCGUAACGCAACAGCUGACGAGCGUCACACAUUUUCUGCCGCAGUGGGCGGGUUUCGAGGCGGUGUGUAUUUUGCAAUGGGAUCAGGUCUGAGUAGAAUGUCUGUGCGGCUCUGAAUCCUUGUUUCCUUAUGUGUUGCCUGCUCCUUAGUCCAUUACCAUGAGCAUCUUUAGUCACGAUUGAUGUUGACAAAAAAAAAAAAGAUAUUGUACGAGAAUCUUUGUUUGUGCACUGUAACUGUUUGUCUCUUUUUCUUAGCCGUAUUUUGCCACGCAGCGCAGCUGCUUCCUAUACAUGCGCAAGCGUACUCAAAGCGAAGUGCACAGAAACAACGCACGAGUUUCCUUCUGUGAGCAACUUUAAAGUAACGUUUGCUUAAUAUCAGUGCAAUUAUCUUGCUUCAUCUGGGAGCUGUGCAGGUCAUGAUUGUUAUAAUGAAGUGCAUAAUGCAACGAAUACUAUUCGCUCUUUCGUAUAGAUUUCGAUAUGGAGGCUUCUCAUAAAACUGCUUUGCUGUAUCAACGGGCUAGGCACUUCAUUGAUCCCAUAUCCUUUGGUGUGACAAAUUACAUUCUGACCACAGCCCAGCAUAGUGAGACGCCCUGAAUCUGUAAUGAUACCCUUACGCAAACAAAGCGUAAUAUACGAUAGAGGAAAGAUGUCGAUACCUUAUUGUUACCACAUUAGGUCCAUGUCUUGCAAUCUUGCUGUUUUGAAACAAAUGCGUUAUUUAAGCUUGUAUGUUACUUAUACGGCCCAUAAGUAGGAAUCACCGAGUGCCUACUCUACUAACUUAUUUACCGAGCUCACCUGUCCUCAAUGCAAACGGGAUGCCGUUUUUGUUGACACAACAGCCAUGCUUUCUUCAUACCCGCGGACGCUUGGCCACAUAUACCAAAUUGGCCUUAACUUUCGAGCGAAAUAAAAAGAAACCGAUGAUGCGAACGGACACGUCUAUGCACCAACAUCAAGUGACUUCAUUCGGGACAGAGUAGAAGUAUAUAAGCACACUGACAGACCUCACGAAGAAGCAAAACUGCCAUGUACUUAAGAAUUAACAUUUACGAAUGAUAAUUACAGUUAUUGAAGGGAUAAACAGGACGGGAUGUGUUAGCACCGAGAGGACACAUCCUUGUUUUGUGGUUGCCUCAAUGGUCCCUCGUUUGUACGUACAAUAAAGCUAAAUGCGAUUUCACACUUGGCCGCGAUAUCGCCAUUACAUUGCUGCGUACUGAUUAAAAAAAAAAAAGAGGUGGGGGGUAGUGUAUGCUUCUAUCCAAUUGAGCAACUACAUUUGUUUCUGUUGCAGCGCACUCUGAAUGCUCGACGACUGUAGAAGUUCGAAGACUCGGAGUCGUCUGUAAAUAGUAAAAGCUCUAUAGCUUAAUAAAACGAGUAAACGAA